AUGGCGACCCAUCUCCUGCGUCCGACCCAACCUCCGAGCCUCAAUCGCUGCCAGGCAAUCGCGGCGGCCAAAUUCCUCAAUGAGUGCCUCCCUCGCCGGCUGCCGAGUCUGCUCCCAUGGCCCCGCACGGCUAGAUAUGUCACAAGGCCUCUGCACCGCAGGCUUCUUCGAGCCAAGGCCGUGGACAUCGGCGCGCCGUCACAGGAGUCGCAGAUCCCUCCCCCAUCGGCCGCGGUAGGUUCCUCGUUCCUCCUGGAAGUUGGUGGAAUGAUGUGCGGCGGAUGUUCCAUGCGCGUGAAAACUGUCCUCUCUUCCGACGAGCGGGUGGACUCCGUGGUGGUGAAUAUGCUCAUGGGGACCGCGGCGGUGCGUCUGAGAACCGGGGUGGACGGCGAGGCGCGGGUUGCGGAGGAGCUGGCCGAGAGGCUGACGGAUUGCGGUUUCCCGACGAAGAAGAGGAUCCUGGGCGUGGGCGUGGGGGAGAACGUGAGGAAAUGGAAGGAGGCGGCGGCGAGGAAGGAGGAGCUGGUAGUGCGGAACCGGAACCGGGUGGCGCUCGCCUGGACGCUAGUGGCGCUCUGCUGCGGGUCGCACGCUUCGCACAUCCUGCACUCGUUCAACAUCCAUGUCGCCCACGGUAGGUACGGUAUUGGGCGGUCCUAAUUGUCAGCGGGCUAUUUCAUCAAUAAAUUCCCUGGUAUACACUACUAGUUUCAGCGAAUUAUGACCUGACAUUUCUCAUAAUUCUAGAAUGCAAUGAUUUGUACGAACUAAUUUCUAGCUUCGCUUGUGUGUGUGUUCUAGGAACUUUUUUGGACCUACUGCACAAUUCCUACAUAAAAUGUGGUGUCGCUGUCACCUCAUUGCUCGGACCUGGUAGAGGUAAGUUACUAGCUAAAGUGCUUUCCCUGUUAUCAUCAUUAUCGGUUCCGUUGACAAUAACUAAGUCGUCUUUACGUGGUUAUAUUUUCUUUCUGUAUAAUCUUCUGAACCCUCUGUUCUUUCUUCCAACCCAGACCGGCAAACUUUCGGUGAUUUAGGAGAGUUUUCAAUGUUAUGGAGGACGCAGUAAAACGAAUACUUUUCGGAAUGGAAUAAAAAUGAAUGAGCCAAUUAUACGAUAUAUGAUAUCUUGAUGGGGUCUUAUCUGAAAUUCUUUGAAGCUAUUUGGAACACUGCUGUUUUUUUUACUUUCUGAUAUACUAAGUAGAAGAGAGAAUGGAAUGUGGGAGAAGUUCCUUAGGUUAUCGACAUAUUUUAUCUGCAGGAAUUACAGACCGAAGGGAUUACCAUGCCCAAGCCUUGGCUAGCUGUUGAUCAUUUGUUAAUUCAAAAAUCUGGGUUUUCUGAUUAGAGGAAUCCUUGGAGGCUGUUGAGAUCAGCUGCAGGAGUAUAUUCCUGAGUUGCUCUUGUUGCUCUGUUUGUCUGGAAUAUCCUCAUAUCCUCUUGUUUUUUUCCUACCGUAUUGCAGACGUCGUAGUUAGUGUUGAAAAGUGUCAAUAUACCUUAUCUCAUUGGCGACCAUUUUAUAUAUUGUAGAUUCUGAUCAGAUCCGUCGCAUCAAGGCUACACACCUUUUUCAUUCUAAUAUGACAUGACAAAAAUCCAACUUAGUAAUUGAGUUCCAUUCCAUUUGGAUGCAGCUUUACUCGUGGAUGGUCUCAGAGCUUUCAGAAAAGGAUCCCCAAAUAUGAAUUCCCUAGUGGGUUUUGGAUCCAUAGCAGCGUUCUUCUUAAGCGCUGUAAGAUCUCUCUAACAAGCUGAAUCAUCGAAGUUAUAACUAUAACCUUUAGGAAAGACUGCGUUUCAGCUUUGUUGUGAAGCACCUUACUGUAUUUGUUACAGGUCUCCCUGCUCAAUCCUGGGCUUGAAUGGGAAGCAUCGUUUUUUGAUGAACCGGUGAGUUCUUUUAUUUUUUUGGAAAAUACAAUGCUAAUUUUUGGUCAUUGAAAAGGUCAGUCUGAUGUUGAAUCAUACAAAAUCGGUAGAUGGUCCAUGUUAGUUACUACAUUGCAAAUGGGAUAGGUAUCUAGUUGGAUCACGCAGCUAAAUUCAGCACUCUCAUUUUAAAAUUUAUACGUUUUCUUCUCUGAAAAACUAAUUUGCAGGGGUAACUUUUCCCAUGAAAACUAAAGAGAGAGAGAGAGAGAGAGAGAGAUGGGGUGGGGGGUUGUUUGUGUGUGGAGGCUGGAAAAGAGAGGGCUAAGCAAACACAUAUGAGUUCAUUAUUUGAACGUGUAGCGUAUGAUUAAUAUCACACACGCCAUGCUAGUCUUGAUCUGUUCUGUCGUUAUUCAUGGCAUUUUUUUACCAUGCAGGUAAUGCUUCUUGGUUUUGUGCUUCUUGGUCGCUCUCUUGAGGAAAGGGCCAGGCUAAGUGCCUCCAGUGAUAUGAAUGAACUUUUGGUAAAUUCGUAUUUUCUCAUAUAUUUCCCUCUGAAAUUUAUCUGAAAGGCUGGAUUUUAAUUUUGGAUAAAUUUUUUUAUUUAGCUGGCAUAUUUGGUUUUUUUCAAUCCAGUGAAUUGGGCUUUGAUACACUCAAUCGUUGGCUUUUGAAGAAUUCCAAUAAUGAUGGAUUUCCAAUCAUAUACAUAAACUCUUUUGUAUGUCUGCUAUCAUUUUCCCCCCAUAUAUGAUUUCAAUACCCACAUUUGGACCUUUUUCUUGUGUUUAAAACUUCAUACGCUUCACAGGUUAUUGUAUACACCCUUUUCUUAGUUAACCUGUCCUUGUCUGGCGGUUUUUCUAUUUGCCAAAAUAUAGCCAAGAAUCUGAGAUGCCAUUAGAUGAUCCUCCCAUUCCUGUGUCUAUCCACUGGUGUUUUGCGAUGGCCAGGACAUUUUUAUUCUUGUUUCUUACCACUUUUUAUUAGUUGAAAUGUAAAUAACGGCUUGCUCUUGUUUUGUGCAGUCACUGGUAUCCUCUCAGUCCCGUUUGAUAGUGACUUCUAUAGAAGAUGAUCCAUCAGAGAGUGUCAUCAGUGCUGAUACAAUUUGUGUAGAAGUCCCCACAGAUGAUGUUCGUGUUGGAGACUCCAUUGUGGUUCUUCCUGGCGAAACUAUACCUGUAGAUGUAUGUCAUAAGCAGAAAGCCAUUUUUUUAUUACCAUUUAGUUGUUUUUCUAUCAUUUAUUUUAUGAUUCUGAUCUGUUUGAUUUAAUGAACGUGCAAGAAUUCUGCUGCUGCUCUGAUAAAUAUGUCUAGAAAUCCAAUGUCUAAGAUGACGAAUCUUUCACAUACUCGUUAACCUGAUUCUUUGGCAUCCAAGGAUUGAUUUUUAUUGAAAGAAUGAAAUUUGGAUGCAGUUAAUAUGGAUGCAGCUUGUAAGGGCCUUUUAGAAUUUCUUUGCUAUUCUCUUAGCACUUCUCACUCUUCCUUGCUUUUCCCAUUUUUCGUUAUUUUUACAUUUUUUGGUUUCGUCCCAACGUCUGGUAUUGGUUGUGAUCCAAAUGUAGAGAUGUAAUCAAAAUAUCAGAUAAAGUAAUUGGAUUUCAUGCUUGGAGUGAGCUUUAUACUUACUCGGUCCAAUAAGAAUACAGGUUUGUAAAUCCUAUCCACUCUAGCAAUGCCAUGAAUCGGCCUACAGAAUCUUGUGAUAAUCCAACAAUAUGCUUGGUAAUCUAUCAGAUCAUGUUUUAGGUGUAAAGGUUGCCAUUCGCAUUCUAUGUGGUCUGUAUUAAAGUUUCAAAAUGCUUGAAGGUCUCGAAAUCCUUCCCCCCCCCCGACUUCCAGCAAUUCAAGGCCAAUGUAUAUGGUUUUGCGAUUUUUUUCUCUAUAGAAAAAAAAUCCAUUUUGUGGUUCAAGUGACAAAAUAUGCAGUAUGAAAUAGUUUUGUAGUUAUGAAGUUGUGCCUGACGGUCAUUUGGCUGACAAGUAUCUUGGGUUUUUCGAAUACGAUCCAGUGUCUUUGAACUUAAAUCCUGUCUUGAGGAUCUUGUGGAUUUCUGAAUGCUAGUGGUAGGAGAAUGUAAGAGAUGACUUUACUCUGUUUUACUAGAAACAUUCAUUUUUACUGAUAUUCAUGUCUUGCGUUUCUCAAUCUAGUCCGGCUCAGUAGUUUUUUUCCAACCUAUAAGGUCCUUCAUACGUUAUUAUUGACCGUUUUUGCCUGUAUGUUGGUUGGUGGUGGGUGUCAUUUUUAAUUGAUGAUAAACGCCGCCAGCUAACCCUCACUAAAAUCAUCAUGCCCAUUUGGUUUAGUGUAAAUGUAUAUUGAGACGCAAAUAUGUUUCGAGAGGCAAGCCAAAUGUUUUUAUGCACUGAAAUCUAUUAACUGUUUUAUUGAUAUUGCUCUUCUCAAAAAUGUUCUUGGCUGACUUCCUCUCAGGGCAAGGUUGUUGCUGGAAGAAGUGUUGUUGAUGAAUCCAUGCUCACAGGAGAGUCUCUCCCUGUAUUUAAGGAAAAAGGCCUGACCGUUUCCGCUGGAACAAUAAAUUGGGUAUUGUUCUUGACUGCUGUUUGAUUCUUCGUCAUAUAAAGUUUAAUUUUUUUUGUGAUGAAUAGGGAAAGAAAAUCUCAUAUUAAUAACAUAUAGCACGUUUUUUUCGCAGGAUGGCCCUUUAAGAAUCGAAGCUUCAACAACAGGUGCUAUGUCAACAAUUUCCAAGAUUAUUCGUAUGGUGGGUAUAUUUUAUUCUAAUAAUUUCAGAAUUAUGCGGAUUAUACCAAACAAUUUAUAUUGACCGUCUACAGGUUGAGGAUGCACAAGGCCGUGAAGCACCCAUUCAAAGGGCUGCAGAUAAAAUAGCAGGACCUUUUGUGUACAGUGUGAUGAUGUUAUCAGGUGCUACAUUUGCUUUCUGGUGAGUUUUUGAAUUUCCAUCGCAGAAGGUUAUCAGUUCAGCGUGCAUCUGGUGGCAUAAAUAUCAUAUUUGAUGUUACCAAACUCGUUGACAGGAUCCAUGUCCAGGAACCAAUUGAAUAGGUUUUGAUCAAAGAUAAUGACGAUUUAUUCAUCUCUUUCCUACUAACAGAUUUCUAAAGAUUUUUCUCGAAAUGAGUGAUGAAAAUUAAUCGAAAUUAGAAGUGAAAAUUGAAAUUGUGGAGCAUUUUCCUUAUAAAUAAAUUAUAUAUUUCUGAAAAAAUAUCCCUCAAUACAUAAAGUAACGAUCUUAGAAUCUGUCUUGUCCAAUUUUUUUACAGAGGAGAUAACAUUCUUCCAGUAUUUUCGAGACUUAGAAUAUGAAAUUUUCCAUUCCAUUGUAACCAGUUAUUUCUCAAACACAUGGUCUCCCCCUCUUCUCCAUGAUAAGAUAUCCUUGGAACGAAUCCUUUUUCAAAAUAUACUCUUCAUUACCCUCGUUCAUAUGAAUUAUUAGUUUUCACUUACCUGAUCGAAAGCAUUGACCACUAUUCUCGUUUCUUGCUAUUCGAGUUCAAUGUGAAGUUCCCGACCUGUCAUGCCUAGCAAGAGAGAGGAUUAUUAUCACUGAUCGUGAGGAACUUGUACUUUUUUUUAUCUCUAUGAUCUAACCUCCCUUCUGCAAAUUCUUAGGUAUUAUGUGGGAUCAAACAUUUUCCCCGAUGUCCUGCUCAAUGAUAUAGCAGGGCCUGAUGGGAACUCAUUGCUCUUAAGCUUGAAGCUUGCUGUAGAUGUUCUGGUGAGUAUGGGACGAUCGAUCGAUCGACAUCUUAGACAAUAAUCGCAUUCUUUUUACGAUAAUCGAGCUGUUGAUUCUGCUUUUCUUAAGCUUUCUUUGUCCAUUCAAUCCCCAUAUGUUAUUGUAAAGGCAUUAAUGUAAUCAUUUUUUAGUCGUAUAUUAAACUUAAUGAAACAAAAAUAGGCAGUGAACUAUUCCUUAUAAAUGUGAAUAAUAAUGAUCUAAUUUCCAAGAUUGAACAGGUAUUUAAGCCCAAAAAGAAACGUCUCAGAUGCUCUUUGGUAUUUAAUUCUCAAUAUCGUUCCUUGUACUAAUGUUCAGGUGGUGUCUUGCCCCUGCGCGCUGGGACUGGCCACUCCGACGGCUAUUCUAGUCGGCACAUCUCUCGGUAAUCAUCUAUUUAUCUGUCCCCGCUUCGUCCCAUCUUUCAAUCACUUAACUGCAUUUCUUUUCUCUUGGAACUCGCGGGCAGGAGCCAAGCAGGGGCUUUUGAUACGCGGCGGAGACGUGCUGGAACGUUUGGCUGGCGUAGACACCGUCGCGCUGGAUAAGGUACCCCCUCAACCCCGGUCACCGUUGACUCGAGCUUCAGAUGCCCAAUAAAGUAAAAUGCGCGCCGCCCAUGCUGUGUCUCAGACAGGAACGUUGACGGAGGGAAAGCCGGCCGUCUUGGCGACGGCGUCCCUGGCUCAUGAAGGCACCGAAGUUCUUCGCUUGGCUGCUGCAGUGGAGAAGACGGCUUCCCAUCCGAUCGCCAGAGCUAUCCUCCGCAAAGCUGAAGCCCUGGACUUGGAGAUCCCCAGCACGAGAGGGCAGUUGACAGAGCCCGGUUUUGGAUCCAUGGCGGAAGUGGACGGAUCCUUGGUUGCAGUUGGCAAGCUGGAAUGGGUACACCAGUGCUUCCAGUACAAGUCGUCGGAGCUCGAUUUGAAGGAUCUGCAGGCCCGCAUCGCCGAGCUGUCGUCCGAGAAGGCGUUGGCAUCUAAUUACUCGAAUUCAGUUGCUUAUGUGGGGCGUGAAGGAGAAGGCGUGAUAGGGGCCAUUGCAGUGUCCGACAUCUUACGCCAGGAUGCAAAGUCAACGAUAAGCAGGUAUUCAACUAAUCUUACACCCCAUUGAUUCAUCUAUUCCUUGAAAAAAAAAGGUUAAAAAAAUACAUAUGGGGUUCAUUGACUUUUCGUUUUAGAACAGAGGAAUUAUUAUCAGUGAUAAAAUGAAUUGUCCAGAAUGUAUAUAUAUAUAUAUAUUCUUCUUUAUUCCGGUAUUUGUCUGUUCAGACAAAGUCAACCAGUUAUUAGAUUCUCCCUGAUGCUAGGGACCAACUGUGCUUUAACCCAUAAAAGUCAACCUACAUUGGUUUUCCCAUUCACUGAAAAAGGAAACCAAAAAAAAUAAUCGGGAACCCAUACCAUGUAAGAACACCAGCCAUUCAACUCAUGUAAGUCAACGGUAGGCAGAUAUUCAUCCAAUCUUGACUCGUCUAUUCAUUGAAAAAAAAAACAACUUUUUUAAUCCAAAAAAUUAUCCCAUAUAUAAGAAUAAAAAGAUCCAUUUCAACUUUUUUGUUCUUCCUGCAUUAUCUGGUGAUGAUCCUUCCUUGGGCCUCCAGACUCCAUGAAAAGAGCAUCAAGACCAUCCUCCUAUCCGGCGACCGCGAGGAAGCGGUGGGCGAGGUCGGCAGGGCGGUCGGAAUCUCAGGCGAGAGCAUCCGCGCCACUCAGACUCCGGAGGCCAAGUCCAGGUUCAUCUCAGCCUUACAGGCCGAAGGCCACCAUGUGGCCAUGGUAAUCACUAUUUCUUUCUCCCCUUCCUUUUUUUUUCUCUGUUCAUGGCAUGUGAUCCUCUUUACGAUCAUCUUCUUCGCCCGUUUGCAUCUCCGAAGGUCGGCGACGGCAUCAAUGACGCGCCGUCGAUGGCCAUCGCCAACGUCGGGAUCGCGUUGCAGCUCGAGUCCAAGGAGAACGCCGCCUCCGACGCGGCCUCGGUGGUUCUGCUCGGCAACAGGCUCUCCCAGGCACAGACCGAAAAACCCUAACACACCAACCACCCCUCAUCUAGCUCUGAUUCGCUGCUUGCUCCUCCUGCAGCUGGUGGACGCCAUAGACCUCUCCCGUGCCACCAUCGCCAAGGUUCACCAGAACCUCGCGUGGGCCGUCGCGUACAACCUCGUCGCCAUCCCCAUCGCCGCCGGGGCGCUCCUCCCUCCCCUCGAUUUCGCCAUGACACCAUCUCUCUCAGGUGAAUCCCAUCAUCUACAUAUUGUCAUGCAGAACUUUACAUAACAAGCAAUGGUGGCACUGUUUUGCUCAUGGGCAGGAGGGUUGAUGGCGCUUAGCUCCAUCUUCGUCGUGACGAACUCGCUGCUCCUGAGACUCCACAGCCCGACCUCCAAAUCCAGUUGA